AUGUUUUCCGCAAAGGUCGCUUGCCGGGUGAUUCCCAUCACGGCUAACUCAACGCGUCCUCGGGAAUUCGCCGCAAACGGAGGUGUUGGUAGCAUCUGGGUUAGUGAGUCACAGAGCUGUGCGCGCGCGCGUUCUAACUUGAUUUCAAACUGGUUCGCUGUCCGCGGUGGAGGGUCAGGCGCCCGAUGUGUUAAUGCGUCACGCACGGUUUGCUCCAAAGACGCCGCCACCACCUUGAUAUCUCCGAGUUCGGGUGCUGGCGUGCGCCCAUCUAGUGGUGCCGCUGGCCUUCAAACGAAGCUGGCUCUCGGUAGUCAUAUAAGCUGCGUUCCAAAACCAGCCUCAUAUGUAUGUGCUCUCGCUUCCUCCCCCUUCGCGUCUCUGCACAACAAAGUGGCUCAUGGGGUCUGUCUAGCGCAAAGUCAUCGGAUAGACGACCAUAAAAAGCAAAGGGCCGCUGAACGGGAAGCAGCAUUUGCUGAGGGAAGAAAAAUCCGCCAACUAGCCCUGGAGGCGGAGGAGCAAAUUGGACGUGAGGGAGCUCAGAGGAAGCAAGAGAUGCAGGAACUCAAUAGACUCCUACUCCAGUCUAUCAAGGAUCACGAAACGAUGAAAGCUGUAGAGAAAAUCAAAGACGAGGUAGGACUUCUUGCACGCUCUUCCGUCCGUUCUCUUCAGGCCCUCUUGUCUCAUGUCGGUUUGUGA